UAUAAAAAAUCUUUCCAUGUAAACAAUUGGCUUAUCAACUAUAGAAUAUGGUGGAACUCAAAAGUGGUAGUUGCUCUCUAUACACAAUUCUCUCCUCUCCUAUAUUUUAGGCUCUAUAAAUUCAUACUCCUUUUUUCAUUACAUUCUCACGUUUACAUUUCUUCACUCCUGUAUUCCUUAUGAGCUGCAUUCACUGUUAAUAUCUCUCUUUAAUUCUAAAUUUAUCUCCAUUUUCAGUUAUUCAUUCUUCCCUUAUAAUGGAAGUCGCUGCUGGAUAAUUCUGGCUGCAUUCUAUGGCCUUGAAUGGUAACUGGGCAAUGUACGGGAAGAUAAACAACGCAGCAACAUCUAGCGGUGGGUCUAAUUUGUUUGGAACGACAACAAAAGAUCUUAAGAGUAAAAGUUUUGGCAUGGCCAAUGGGCCUGAUUGGAUGAAGCAUAGAACGUUGUUUGUAUAUAAACCCUUGUUGAUUUGUUCUGCUUCUUCUUUCAUUCAUUGGUCUCGUAAAAUCCCUGUAUAUGAUGGAUAUCACGAGUUUCUCUAGCCGCUACUGAUUGAUUUAGUUCAUAGUUGGAUCUCAGAUAUUGAGAGAUUAAUUGGUCAUUAAUGCACAUUUUAUAGAAAAAAUUCAGUUUUUGUCGAAUACCCUAAAGAAGUUGAAAGAUGAGUUUUGUUGGUGGAAAGAAAAGGUUAACAGAAUCGAACAUAUGCUGCUCAAAUAACUCAAAAGACGCUCGUGGGACUCGUUCUAUGGUUGUGGAUGAUGGCUACGUCCCUCUUUUACCGGGGCUUCCUGAUGAUGUGGCUAAGUUAUGCCUUGCACUUGUACCUCGAAUUCAUUUUUCGACAAUGGGUGCGGUGUCUACGCGUUGGAGAUCGUUCAUUCGAAGCAAGGAGUUCAUUACUAUCCGAAAACAAGCGGGUAUGAUUGAGGAAUGGCUGUAUUUGUUGAUAAUCGACGAGGAGAGUAAAAGCAGCCAUUGGGAGGUAUUGGAUUGUUUCGGUAACAAGCACCGAGUUCUUCCGCACAUGCCUGGUGGAUUUAAGACGGGUUUUGGAGUUGUCGUUCUUCACGACAAGCUGCUUGUGAUGGCUGGCCGUACUAUUUCCGAAGGGCCAGUAUCUCCCAACGCAGAUGUCUAUCAAUAUGAUUCCUGCCUCAAUAGCUGGGAGAAGCUGUCAAGCAUGAAUGUUGCACGCUACGAUUUCGCAUGCGCUGAGGUUGACGGGAUGAUCUAUGCAGUGGGAGGCUAUGGCGUCGAUGGUGAAUCUCUUUGCAGUGUCGAGGUCUACAAUCCCAAUACGGACAAGUGGACUCUAAUCGAGUCUCUUCGCCGCCCAAGGUGGGGCUGCUUUGCUUUUGGCUUAGAAGGUAAGCUUUAUGUCAUGGGUGGGAGGUCAAGCUUCACUAUCGGAAACUCGAAGUGUGUCGAUGUGUACAACCCGGUUAACCAUACAUGGUGCGAGAUGAAGAACGGUUGUGUUAUGGUUACAGCUCACGCUCUUCUAGGAAAAAAGUUGCUUUGCAUGGAAUGGAAGAACCAGCGGCAAUUAACCAUAUUCAACCCAGAAGACAAUUCAUGGAAGACAGUUCCAGUUCCAGUUACUGGAAGCUUGAGUAUUGGGUUUCGGUUUGGUAUACUUGGUGGAAAGCUUUUGCUCUUCUCACUCAACGAUGAACCUGUGUAUCGGACCCUGUUGUAUGACCCCGAGGCAGCCCCGGGGUUCGAGUGGAAUACCACUGAUAUCAAGCCCUCAGGCUCAUGCUUAUGUAGUGUGACUAUCAAAGCAUGAACAGCAAAUGGCAGCUCACUAUUUGCCGUGUUGUAUGUUCUUCAUGUUGUGUUGUAUUACUUGUAUAGUUGUAUCUCGUCUAGUUCGAGUUCAGAUAUGUCAGAUGGUUGAUUUGUAUCAUGUACUAUGACUUAGUCUUGGGCAUGUAUUUGUUUUACGUACGGUGUGUUUUUGACCGAUGAAAUUUCCUUUUUAAGUUUCUAGUGCUAAGUAUGAGUAGGAGUUCUCAUCUUUUAUGUGAAGCCUAGUGUUUGAGUGAAUUGAGUCUGUUGAGUUGGCCUAUUGCUUGGGCGUUGGGGCACAAUUAUAUAAAGUUGAUUUUUGCCAAUACUUGCUUCA